AUGGGCGACUACGGACGAAGAGCGACAUCGCUCGAGACGCAAGCACUGGCAAUCCCUUCAUUGACCACGACUGAACCCGAUGAGAUGUCAGUGUUAGUGACAGGUUUUGGGCCAUUCAAAACGAACCUGGUCAACGCCUCUUAUCUUAUUGCCUCAUCCCUCCCUCCCUCCUUCAUCUUCUCCUCCCCCACCCCCGGCUCAGCACCCUGUCGCGUCUCCAUUCAUGUCCAUCCCUCUCCAAUUCCGGUUGCUUAUUCCACGGUGCGAACCACAUUACCUGUGAUUCUCGACGAUUUCGCGAAAGCCCACGGUGGCCGACGCCCGGACAUCGUUAUCCAUAUGGGCAUAGCUGCAACCAGAAACUACUACUCUGUGGAGACCCAGGCUCACCGCGACGCAUAUCUCGGGUCAGAUAUCAAGGGUCGAUUAGGCUACGAGGACGGAGAGCGUAUCUGGAGGGAGCUGAACUUGCCGGCUGUUCUCACCGCCGGCCGCGCAAACGCAUCGCCGCCAGGCUCGUCGGAGCUAUCAGCGAAGAGAUACCUCAACCCUCAUCCGCCGGACACCCAGUUUCUGAACGCGUGGCAAUCAUUUGCCCGGCCUGGCAUGGACUUGCGGAUCUCGAACGAUGCGGGACGGUACCUCUGCGAGUUCAUCUUCUAUUCGAGUCUAUCGCUGGCAUAUCAGGCGGGCCAGGAUCGCAAUGUGGUUUUCUUCCACGUGCCAAGGUCCUGUACUGAUGAGGACAUCGCGGCCGGGAAGGAGGCCGCCAUUGCGCUGAUCAAGGCUUUGGUAACGAGCUGGGUGAAGCAUUGA